CCGCCAUCUCGUUUUCCUCGCUUGAUUUUCCUUCUCCUUCUUAUAUUCAACUAUUUCAAUCCCUAGAUCUCCUGUCUACGAAAUCCCAAUUUUCCAUUCGAAUCCUUCCACUUCCAUUGCAAUGGAUUCCUCUCUGGUCGCUGGAACGCUUUCGAUGGCAGCCAACAAUGGCCUCGGCUUUGCCAAAUUCCUCAAUCGCCUCGAUUUCGUAUCGAACUACUGCGUCUCUGCCUCCGAUUCAAUCACCGAGCAGAUUCCACCAUCUUCCGCCGCCGGAGCCCUUCAAUUAUCGGCCGCACUGUUCCCCGUCGCUACCAUUGCUCCACCGCCUGUCAAAUCGAUUUCUCGCCGAUCGGCCUCUCGGACGUUCCUCCGGAGAAAGCGUCGUACGAAGCGUAGAUUAUACAGCGAUGACUCCGAGGGCGGCGAGGACGACGGAUUCGGCGGCGAUAAUUUCGACGGAUCGUACGGCGGAGGCGGAGGCGGGAGUGGUAGGGGUUGGAAUUUCGACAGAUUUGGGGGCAAUGAUUGGGACGAAUCAUCAUCGUCUUCCUCUCCUUCAAAUCCCGCGUACUAUUUUGUUUACGAGGUGGUUUGCUGGAUCGCGCUCUCGAACUGCGUGCAUUUUGCGUUCAAGAAGGUUGUUAGAUUUGCAGCUGAUGCAAUUGGGAACUCCGAAAGGGGAAAAUUGUCCAUGAGAUUAAUCUCGGUUUGUUGAUUGGUAAAAUCCUCUUCUCAAUGGUCAACAUUUGGAAGAAAAAGCUGGCAUAAAUCUCUCAUAUUCAAUUGCUAUGUAUAUCUUGUAAAUAUUCACAUUGUUUUAUCUUAGAAUUGGUUCCACAUUACAUAUGGAGGAGAUAUAUGCCAAAGCAAUCUGGUAUGCAUUUGUAAAUAUGCAUUUAUAAUCUAUUCCCAAGUAAAUCAGUUCCACACUAAAUUGGUGCCUCUGUUGAUUGGUUGAUCUUGAGCAAACUUUUUACUUCACAAUUGAAUGGAUGUGCAUUUAUGUUCUUCCUCAGUUCCUUCAGGCAUUUGGUUGAUCUCCCUGUGGCUGGUGCUUAUCAUUCUUAUAAUGGGUAAAAGUUUUAGAGUUCCAGCCAGUGAAGGAAAUCUAUGGGCGGAAAACAUUUGCUUGUUUUUUCACCCAUUGGUUUUGACUUCUGACUGACUCAGAAACUGCCUGGUUGAUUCCCCAUUUUUCCCUUCCAUUUAAGCAACUUGAGGACUGGUCUGUCUCUUUUCUUUUUGAGUAGCAAAGUUUCUGCUCUGUUU